AUGAUUAUUCAGUCCUGUAUACUGACAGCCGGGAAGGAGUGUAAAGCACCAGUUAAGUACGUGCCAACAAGGGAGACAUUUGACUACUAUGCGCACUACUACAUGAAAGAGCCACAGGAGUUAUUUGAUGAAGUGAGUGGCACAGCAAACAUAGAGAAUGAGAGUGAAGAGGAAAUAAGCAGCGAAGAAAAAGAAGACAAUGAAAUACGGCCAACUGACAGAAUUGCAGUUGCACUAACCACAGAAGAUGACGAGUUAAGACUUGACACGUAUUUAUUAGACAGUGAAACAAAUGCAUUCUAUGUACACCACGAUGUAUUCCUGCACGGCAUACCAACUGGUCUAGCAGUAUGCGACAGAAAUGAAGAUCCACUCACUUUUGUAUCAAACGAGGAUGGAACAAUUGCCAUAUACAGAAUGUUCGUGACUAACCAUUUCCUGCCAGACGGUAUAAUACCAGCACAUGCAUCAAAGAUAAACAGUAUAGUUGCAGAGACAACAAGUAUACUCACAAAUGACGCAGAGACAAUUAAAGCCUGGGAUAUCACCACACAGAAGAACACGUUCACACACACCAGAAAACAAAAAGCAAUUGCACUGAAGGAUUCUUUAAUAUACUUCUCUGAUGAGGCAGCUGCGUACAUGGUGGACACAAGAGAAGGAAAAGAAGUCAAAUUAUUCACUGCACAGAAUGGAAUUACAAGUAUUUCUUCUACUGGCAAUUCUGUCACUGCAGGAACAGUAAGUGGAGAUAUCGUAUACACAACCAGCCAAAGCAAAGAAAGAACCUUUGCAGCACACAGUAAGAAGAUAAACAAUCUUGUUGUGUCCAUGGACAGGUAUAUUGUAUCUGCAUCCAGUGAUGAAACCAUUUCUCUUUUCGACAUGGAAAAUGGAGAGAUUGUAGAAAGAAGAUCUACAGGAAUAGAAAGUGUUACAGUGAGUUUACCAACUGAUACCGUUAAUAUUUAUGCAUACGCAAAUGAAGAUGGCGAAUUGUCCGCUGGGUCAUUUGAGGAGGCCAUAUUAAGAAUAGAAUAA